AGCUCAGUCACUAUUAAUUGACAUCGCAUUGAAGUGACGCUUGAGAGAGUGAGGAUAUUCCAUUCGACUUCUCCUCUCCUCUCCUUCUCUCUCUCCUUGCAUCUCAUCCUUGCAUCCUUCCCUCGCAUCCUAAGGCGGUGGAGCUAAGAUGCAAGGAAAGGAAAUGGGAUGGAGCUAAGAUGCAAGGAUAGGAAUCAAGGAAAGGAAAUGGGAUGGAGCUAAGAUGCAAGGAAAGGAAUCAAGGAAAGGAAAUGGGAUGGCGUUAAGAUGCAAGGAAAGGAAGCGAGGAAAGGAAAUGGGGUGGAGCUAAGAUGCAAGGAAAGGAAAUGGGAUGGAGCUAAGAUGCAAGGAAAGGAAGUGAGGGGAGGAAAUGGGAUGGAGCUAAGAUGCAAGGAAAGGAAAUGGGGUGGAGCUAAGAUGCAAGGAAAGGAAAUGGGAUGGAGCUAAGAUGCAAGGAAAGGAAAUGAGGGGAGGAAAUGAGGUGGAGCUAAGAUGCAAGGAAAGGAAAUGGGGUGGAGCUAAGAUGCAAGGAAAGGAAAUGGGAUGGAGCUAAGAUGCAAGGAAAGGAAGUGAGGGGAGGAAAUGAGGUGGAGCUAAGAUGCAAGGAAAGGAAGCGAGGAAAGGAAAUGAUUCUGCACAAGAGUUUAAAGCAGUCUUUUGAAUUUCUGUUUAGAUUUGAAAUCGCUAAAUAGUUGGUGAUAUUUGAUCAGUGAGCUGUUAAUUCACUUUCUGCAAUAUUUACUUUGAUCAAACUGCUCGUUCAUGUCAUUGAACUAUCACAGCCACUAACAAUACAGCUUGUUAAUUCCAGCUUUUGUAGACAGCUUACAGUUAGUAUUCAUUUUAUUUCCAACAAAAGACAGCUGAGAAAGCUCUAAUAUCGUUAUGAUAUAUAUAUUUCCGAGUUGGAAAAUUCCGACUUCCUAGUUGUCGUGAACGCAAGCAUAAAAACAACAACAACACCGGCAGUGAACGUCACGUCCGCUUUGAACCCGGAAGCCAUGUUGUCAGGGUAUUUUUUUUAAGCUGAGAGUCGCUUUGGUCGGAGUUCUAAGGCAGAAACCGUGUCGUUUUCAGGGCGAGUAUGGAGUUUCCCGGAGGAAGCGACAACUUUUUGCCCAUCAGUGGAGAGGGCCAUCCUUUCCUGUCCUCCUCCGAGGUACCGCUCCACUCCACAUACUCCCUUCAAAUCCAGGAUGCCGAGACUUUCCACACGCCCAGUUUGGGCGAUGAGGAGUUUGAGAUCCCGCCCAUCUCCCUCGUCCCUGACUCGGCCCUCAGUGUUUCGGAUGUGGUGUCGCACUUCGGAGAGCUGGGCGAUGGUGGUUCAGCCCCUGUCGUCCCUGGCAACGCCGUGGUGCAGGGUGACGACCCUUCCUUUGCCUCUACCUUUGUAAACCCAACGACACAAGGGCUUGAGCAUUUGAGUCUCAUGACCCAGCAGGGAGGCGGACCGAUGUUGGGAUCAACUCUGGGAAUGGAUCUUGGGCAUCCCAUGGGCUCGCAGUUUAGCAGCUCCUCCCCCAUGACCAUAGACGUGCCUCUCCCAGACAUGAACCACGGCCUGCUGGGGCACAAUCCGCUGACCACCAUUGACCAGUCGGAGCUUAGUGCACAGCUGGGUCUCAGUCUAGGGGGCGGGGCCAUUCUGACACGUGCACACUCACCUGACCAGCCACUGUCAGCCACCGGUUCACCUUCAGAGUCUCUGCAGGAUGACGACAUGGACGACUUCAGAAGAAGCGUGCUGGUGGAGUCCCCUGUCUCUCUUUCCGUCUCUCCCGGCGUCAUCUCUCUCUCCCCUGCUCUGUCGGAGCAGCCUGCCGCAUCGGUGUCCUCCGCUCCGCCCGCCCUCGCCCGGAAAGCUGUAGGUGUUGGAGGAGGAGCCAAAAAAGGCAAGAAGAAAAAAGAUCCCAACGAGCCUCAGAAGCCGGUUUCUGCUUACGCGUUAUUCUUCCGCGAUACGCAGGCAGCCAUCAAGGGCCAGAACCCCAAUGCUACGUUUGGAGAGGUGUCUAAGAUCGUCGCCUCCAUGUGGGACAGUCUGGGAGAAGAGCAGAAGCAGGUCUACAAGAGGAAGACUGAAGCUGCUAAGAAGGAGUAUCUUAAAGCACUGGCAGCUUACAGAGCCAGUCAGCUAUCCCAGCCCACUAUUGAGGUGCUGGACACGGCGCCUUCUCCACCUGCCGCUCCUAUUGUGACUCCCGCCCCUGAGGCUCCACCCCCUCAGCCAACACCCACACGCUCCAGCCGCAUCCCGGUGCACGCACCCGACAACAACACCAUCACCAACAUUUGCACGUCGAACAUCAUCAUCGACUUGCCGCAGGUGACCACGCGCUCUCGCACAGGUGCCCACAAGCCGCCCGCAUCCUCGGCUCCGCCCACCGCGCCCACCCCGACACUGCCCAUGGUCACCAAGAUCAUCAUCCCCAAGCUGCCUUCAGCCCGCCAGCCGCCACCCCUGCAGCAGAUGCAGAACACGCCGCCACCCCCACGCCUCCAGCAGAUGGUGCAUUCUGUUGCCCCGCCACCGCUCCAGGCCAAACCUCGCGGAGGGGGUGCGGUCGGCCAGGCCACUGCCACUGUCACUGCCACGCCUCCUCCUCCACUACAGAUCAAGAUCGUCCCUGCCCCGGCACAGGCAGAUGUGGCCACACCCAUUAUUGUGACCAGCACCACAGAGGCACCCACAGACCCCGCUGCCACCGCCAUGGAGGUGGAAGUGGUGCAGCCUGCCACUAUAGUCACCACAGAAGCAGAGGAAGGGAUGGAGGUGGAGCUGAACAGCUCUCCAGCGCAUGAGGUCGCUCCUCCUGCAGGUCCUGUUGUGUGUGUGCGUGCCGGCUGCAACAACCUGCCAGUGGAGAGCAAAGACUGGGACAGAGAAUACUGUAGCAACGAGUGUGUGGCCACACAUUGCAGGGACGUGUUCAUGGCCUGGUGUGCGAUCAGAGGACAGAACUCCACCACCGUCACUUAAAACCCAGUGCACCAAUCGUCGAGUGAGACAGGGAUGAAGGCAGAGUGAAAGAGAGAGAAAGUGGCUUGUAUACAUAGGAAAUCUCCCCAUUGAGGGGAAUAUUUUUGAUUCAGUUAUUAUCUAUGACUACUUACAUCUCAAGCUAAUGGUGAAUGUGAUGGUUUUAAAGGGAUAAGUUGACCAGUCAGCGUCAGUAUGGCUAACUGUGCAUACAAGGUAGUUAUUAGCUGUACUGAUUAGCUACAUAGUUAAUCUAACCAUUUAAGCACAAAAGUGAAGACUGAGAGUGCAUUUCAUUCCUUUGGAAUUUAGCGGAAAACUCGUAUUUAAAAAAAAAAAUCCUUAAAUUGAUCAAUUUUAAGGGGGAAAUAAUGGUUUGGAAAUCAAGCAUAAAAUGCCAAAUGGUAUGUAGAAUUUGAAAAAUGUGACCCAAGUAAUUUUGUCAGUUAUUAGUUUGCAUUGAUUCCUAAAUUUGUGUGCCCAACAUGUUUAAAAAAUGAAAAAAAAAUUUUUUUUUUUAAAAAAGGCCAAAAAACUGGUCCAUGUGGAGUGGAGGUCAUAUUAAAAAUGUUGAAAAAAAUACAUAACAUAGCUCACCAUAAAGGCACUACAUUUUUGAUUGAUGUAAAAUAUUUUUACAUCAAUAAAAAUAACCAUGAAUUAAAUAUGAUGAAAGCUGGCAUAAAAGGACAGUACCUGAUGAUUUUUUUUUUUUUUUUUUAAACUUGCUUUCCAAAAUGUCCACUUAUGUCUCCAGUUAUGCAGAAUGAGUGUGUUUUGUUUGCGAGUUCAUGGAGGAGGAAAAGGCUCAGAAACAUCAGCUCUGAUGAGUACAGCCAUAAUUUGCUGUACUGUUAUUUCUCACCCGCAUAAAGACAUUUGAAAGAUUUCCAAACUGGGAUCAUGACAUACACACAACACCUCGGAUUGUGGAUCGUUGCUCUAGUGGAAACGUUUUACAUGGGCAAGAUACAAUGUUUUGAACAAUGAAACACGAGUUUUUAAACAUAUGCACAGCUACAUGAACAAGAUCGGUGUUUUAUAUUCCAGGAUGGAGUUUGUUCCUUAUUUUGCAACCAGCAAGAGACAGUGUUGGAGACAAAUUUCAGAAUUUCUACAUUAUAUUCUGUUACAAAACAAUUUCCUUUUUAGUGACUUGCAUCAGUGGAGUAGACAUUUUUUCAUGUUAAAUAAACAUCAAGCACGAGUCACUUGUUUGGCGUGUUGCUUCUCUGUGAAAAUAUCUAAAAGAGAACUGAUGCAUGUACUGUCAUGUCAAUAAAAUCGAUGUAUGUGA